AUGGCUCCCAUUGCGUCUACACUUGCCCUCGGUGCCGGCUGUUACUGGGGUACCGAAAAAUACAUUGUCAAGGACUUUCAAAAGAAACAUCCUGGAUGCAUCAAAGACGCCAAGGUUGGCUUUAUGAGUCCCGACCAGGAUGCCAUGAAGAAUCCUUCCUAUCGUCAAGUUUGUUCCGGUUCGACGGGGCACGUGGAAGUCUUGAAUGUAGAACUGAACGAUCCAGCCUUGUUUGAAGAUUUGAUUCGAUUCUUUUUCACCUUUCAUGAUCCAACCACUUUGAACCGUCAAGGAAAUGAUGCCGGAACCCAAUAUGCCUCUGUCAUCUUCUGUUCCGAUGAGGACCAAGUCAAGAUUGCCACCAAGGUCAAGGAAGAACUUCAAACACUCAUGGAUGGAGGCAAGGUGACUUCCUACAGUGAAAAGACCAUCAAGACUGGAAUUGUGUCUUAUACAGACUUUUAUCCAGCACAUGAGGAACAUCAAGAAUACUUGGAGAAGAAUCCUUCUGGGUACUGCAAUCACCGAUACCGCUUCCGAGACUGGCCUGAAUUGUGA